AGCAAAGCUCAUCCUCGCGCAGUUAUUUGUUUUCAACAAUCACCGCAUCAGCGGAGAGGCAAGAGGCCAGAUACAUACGGGAAAGGAGAGGCACGGUUACGUUACAUAACGGUUGCGUUUUUAACCUUCAUUGAAUCUUUCUAGCCUCUCGCCAUGGCUCUGUGCAGCAGCGUCGGAGCCUUGGCGUUACCCAGCGAGCUUAUUGUUCACAUAUUCUCCUUUCUGUCAGACCGCGAUAAACUGCGGGCCUCGGCCGUGUGCUCGCGAUGGAGGGAGUGUCUCUUCUACCCCGCGCUGUGGACGGAACUCAAGCUCUGCGUUGGCGGCGGAACAAACGGUGGCGGCUCUGGCUCGGAACAAACCCCGCGGUUAGAGUUCCUCAUGCGCAAGUUCGGUUCGUUCGUGCGGGAACUGCAACUGGAGUUCGCCCCGGUCGAGGGCUGUUUUAACCCGCUGCAAAAUGGAAUGGAUCCCGUCGAGAGCGACCCGCAGUUUGCGGAGCGCUGGAAAGAUGCUAUGGGCACUUAUUUGGAUCAGGUGUCGUGUGUAUUGGGCAGUCUGCGAAAUAACAGAAACCUCCAGAAGUUGAGUCUGUAUGGUGAUACGUGCAUUCUCCAGGAUGAUGGCAUUUUAGACGGCUCUUACCUAAACCAGGUUGACCAAGGGGGCAAGAAAAUAAAAGAGAUCCAGCAGCUCUUUGAAGAGAUCCUUUCCAACAGCAGGCAGAUGAAGUGGCUGUCUUCUGCAUUCAUGAUUGGUGUGGUGACCCCUUGCUCUCUAGCCUCUCUCUCCAACCCCAGCACCAGCUCCCUCGAGCACCUCAGUCUGAUAGAUAACCAGCUGCCCACCCUGAUCUCCACCGUCGAGGUGGAAAGGCUCGUCAACCUGCGGUCUUUGUCUCUUGACUUCUGCGACUUCACCUCCGACAUGUGCCGUCUCCUUGCUGGCAUUGACCGAGCACCCCUCCAUCGCCUCUCCCUCUUACUCAACGGCACUGCUUUGAAUAUCAAGCCUCUGGAUGUUACAGCGGCUGAGGACGAUUGGAAAGCCUUGGUCCGUCGCAGCACAAACCUACGUGUGUACAUCAUUGGCAUGGACGUGAGCAGCCAGGACCUUCUACGCAUUCUUAAGCCCAGCUUGCCCCUGGAACGUAUCCACCUGGACAGCUACAGCACACUGGUGACAGACGGUGUUGUGGAGCUUAUCUCGCAGCAGUACCACAAAACCAUCACCCACUUCAUCUUGAUGAGAGAUGACACUGGAUUCCCUGACCUCAGUGUCAACCGUAACGAGGAUCCACUGGUUCUGCUCGCCUGGCGCUGUGUACACCUAGCAGUCUUGAUCAUUCAUGGCUACACUGUGUGGUCCCACAACCUGGUGGCCAUCUCUCGCUUGCGUGGGUCCAGCCUCAAAGUCCUUGAAGUGUCCGAAGAGAGCAUCGACUUUGACCCAGAUCAGUCGGUGUACAUCGAGGGUGACCCCGUCCACAACCUAGUGAAGGAGGUGUCCCUGGGCCUGGGACGAGUCUGGCAUCCCUCCCUGGACAACAGCAUGGUCCUGAACGAGCCCUCUCAGCACUUCCACCGUGAGAUGCAGAGCUUCAGCGCGGGCAUGUAGGACACUCCAGGGCCCCGUUACCAAAUGCCCUACUCUUUAACCCUGUGCUUGGUGAUCUUUCACUUAAAUGGGCUCUUCUGAUUUUACAUAUUGUUUUUUUUUAAUUGCUUUUUUUUUUCUUGAAGUGUAAAUUACUCCUUUAAAUGUGCUGUGUUUAAUCAGUAUUAGCUCUAUAUUUAUAUCUAUAUCUAUAUAUCCUGCUUAUUACUAGGAAAGUAUAGUUGGGUAUUGGUUUAGUAGUUAAUGAGUGAAUGGUAGAGAAGGGGCUUUUAUACAGCUAGCUUAAAAGUUGUACGGUGAGUUGUCGAAUCUCUUGCUUUGUCCGUUUGUUGGUUUCCCCUAGAAAGAGUGGAGUUACCUCAAACUUUCUGCGGCUCCUUCUUGGCUUUCGUAACGACGAAAUCCCACAUUCUCGUUCACCUUUUUCAAAGGGAGACUAGUCUUCUGGCCGAGGGAUCGCUGAUCCACUGUAGUUAUGACCCUUUCUCUUUGUUUAUCAGUGUGUAAGUGUUGUUUGGAAGUGAGGUUUGGUGGAAACGACACGUUUCGGGACAUAGAUCCCCCUGGUUUUUUCACCUGGAAUUAGAUUCACCUCUGCUGGUGAAACCAAUCGUAGAGAUGUUUAUUCUGGUGUUUAACGCCUGCAUGCUGACUGCCCUUCAGCACAAUAUCUGGGCCCAGCCAUAGGUGUUUGUUUUCUUUGUGUGUGUGUUUUGUUUUACGAAGUCCUUCCCGUCUGUCUCAGGUAGGCAAAAAUUAUAUGACAAGGAAGAUGAAGAAAUGGUUAUGAUAUUUUGGUGAGAGUGAAAACAAUCAGAUGUUCCGUCAAGUUUUAAUUGUUCUUCUCGAGUCACAGUUGCCUUGAAACUCCCACCCUUUUUCAUAAUCAAUGCUCUUUAGGCUUGGAUUAAGUCUGUUCAGUGUUAAUAUGGAUCAUUCAAUGCAUAAUUCCUAACAGAAGUAAUCCUCAUUGGAUCACAGUUGAGAGUGAAAAACUCUGAAUGGACUGAAUCCAGGUCACAGAAUUUCAUCUGUAAAACAUUAGAAUGGAGGGAGGCAGAAAAUUGCUUGUUCCAUAUCUCAGGAUUCCUGCACUUGCAGUACUUUUCCAGCCGUAAGCUUUUGUUAAAGCUGUUUGUUAAAAGGGUUGGCACGCUCGAUGGGCAAAAUGUUGUAGAUUUCUGGAGACGAGAGAGCUCUUCCAAAAGAAUGCGCUUUUGAAGUUGCUGGUUUUUAUUUAUAGCUGUCUGAUUUCCCUAGAUUACUCUUUAAGAAUUGCAAUUCUCGGUGUGUUGUUUGCUUUUACAUAUAUUGUCUAUAUUGUUUGCUUUUUAAAAAACACAGUUGAGGGAAGUUGCUUGCAUAGUCUUAAGUGAAUGUCAAACUAAAGUAUUUUUUUGAAAGUGGCAGUAUUUUUGCUUUGCAGAAGACUCCUCUUUAGAAAGCAUACCUUUAUUUUCGUGUGCUUGAAAAAUUAAGCAAUGUCGAAGACCAGAGUACUUUUAAAACCAUUAAAAUGCCUCGUGAACUUAACUCUGUCAGACCUAAGAACUUCCUGUUUUGUUGGCGGUAUAGACUACCCGUUAUCUAAGCCAAACCAGGUUCGAAAUGGAAGCAUUGCUCAAUCUUCCUGGAAGAUCUGCGCUUAUGACAAACGUACAGCCAAAGCGAACUAUUGCAGCGUAAAAUCGAUAUGCAAGUGCAUUGGGGGACAACCUAGCAAUUCGCUUAUGAUCUUGUUGUUAUCGGUGGGCCAAAAAUGGGUUUGAGCAGUUAACCAAUGAGACAAUAGCAACUCUUGGCACAUGAAGGCCUGGAUGUUGUGUUUCUAUGUAGAUAAACAUAAUUCUACACUUUUAAUAUGUGAAGCAGAGUUCCAGCUUGACUAAACAUUUACAGGUUAACCUAUUUUGGUACCCAUGUCAACAUUAGUGAAAAUGAGUGAGUCUUUCGCAUUAUUUGUGGAUUAAAAUAAUUAGAAUGAACCACAAUGCUGUUUUCAGGUGCGUUGGCAUAGGUACCUGACACGCUGUAAUGGACUUUGUUGGAAUGCUCGUAUAUGUGUGCCAGUAAUGGGAUUCUGUAAUUUAAUUUUAUUUGAAAGUCCCAUUUCUACUUGGUACAGCACCAAAAAUGAACUAGAUAAGUGCGUUCCUAAUUUGAAACUUGUUUGUUGUAUAUUGAUUUUGCUGAACAGUGGAUAACGACUGGAGUCGGUGGAGACAGUGUUGGUCAGUCUUUACAACAUGUUACACACUGCUAAAGCAUUCAUACCGUGCCUAAACCCUGUAAAGCUUUCAUUUCAAACCUUUGUCAUUUGUACGUCCAUGGUCAACCGAGUUGAUGUCUAGCGCAGCAUAUGACAAGGGAUACAAAGACAUAGCAUUUUUAAACUGUCAGUGUUUUUCUGUUGUUUUCAUUUGUCUGCGUAUAUGUGUGUAGUGUAAACGUUCAAAAAGUGCACACAUCAGAGAAGGGGGUGUGUUAUAUACAAAGUGUACCACUUUCUCAACAGUGAACAGAAAUCAGCCUUUCUCAGGGUUUAAUGUUAGAUGCGUGGAGGACAAAGGAAUACCAAUAGCUCAGGCCUCUCACCGCGAAAGUUUCCAUAAAGAAAAAUCUGUUCAGCAAAGUCACUGGAUUUCACUUCUGUCAGCGCGACUGCACCAGCUGCCAAAGAUCACGGUGAUACAACUCUCUUUUUCGAAGUGCCCGCAUGCUGGCAGAGGGCGGGGCCAAUUGCUAAUCGGCCGAGAUGUACUACUAGUAUUGUAUUAUGACAGCUACUAUUAGAUAAACGUACUAACGGAGGGGAGGUUGAACUUGUGCGGCAGUCCACAGCUGUGCUGUGGCUUUUGGUCAACGCGUUAGAUCUCUCUUACAAUGCACCUGUUUCACUGUGAAGAGUGAAUGUAAUUUAAUCUGUUGAAAAAUCAAGGUUGGUUCUAUCAGACCUAUAAGCUGCUAUGAGACAUGUUAGGAACAUUCCACUGGGGAGUUAAAAACAAACUAAAAUGGCCAAAUGUCUGCAUGAAAUUAUUUUUUUACUCAUUUUGUUUUUGAUCGGGUGAGGUCGGGAUCUUAGAAACAGCAUACGACUGGUCCUACGAUUAAAUUCUUGAGCCAUUUGUCAGCGCAUGUACCUCAUGGAGUUUUUUUUUUUA